AUGAUAACUACAUACCUUCUUCUUUUGUUUUUUAUGGAAUCCUCUUCUAUGAGCAUUGGCUCUGCAAGUGAAAACCAAAAUGUGACUGAAAGUGAGACCACAGGAGAUUUUUAUCCGGAUUGGGUUCCAUUUAAGAACAAACAAGGCGACGAACUGGGUGAGUUUGUGGAAGUAGCGAAAAGAAAACCAAAAAAAAGGUUGGCUCCUCCUGCUAAUUUUGUUUUAAAAGCACUAGUGGAUCAAGAAGGUGAAGAAUACGUUGACAAGAGACAAGAAGAAAUUUUCGGUGAAGAUUAUUUUGAAAAAAAGGAAUGGUCUGCUAUUCCUGAGCUUGACAGUAUCAAUUCACAGAAAUCAGAUCCUGCAACGAUUGCAGGGAUUAGCGAGAUAGUAAAUAUUUUAACAAAAUCUAAACAAAAAAUAAAACCCCUUAAAAAUGAGGAGAAAUUGAAUAAAGAAAGUAAAGAACGUGAAAACAACGGCAAAGAGGAAGAAACAGAAGAAGUACAAAGCGGAAAAGAUGUUAUCAAUAGUGAUACCAAGGUAUUAAAUAAGGGAUCACAUAAAGAUAAAGAUGACAUCGAAUAUGAUGAAGAUGUCACAGAAAAAGAGAAGUCAGAGAAAAGUAUAGCGGAGCAAAAAGAAGAAGAGGCCAGAAAAGCAAAAAUACUACACAGUGUGGAUGAGUUGAAAGAACGACACGCAGAAGAACAAAGACGGAUAUCGGAAAAAGUUAAAGAAGAAGAAAUGUAUGAAGAAGAACGAGAUAGAGAAUAUUUACGACAUCCACGACAAGAAUACGACAAAUAUAGCAACAAAGUGUCUAAAUGGAAAAAAGUUACUCCAGAUUAUGAUGAGUAUGAUGAGACAGUAUUUGAUGUGAAAAAUAAAUACAAAACCAUUGCUAAACAACCGCAUCAUUCAACAACACAGUCGCAAGAAAAUUUUAAAGCAGCGAAAGUUUCUGGAACACCUGAAAAACUUUCUGUGUUUAAAAACCCAGAUGCAUACAUUUCAAAUGAAUAUGAAGAUAGCGAAGAAACCACUACAACUAUUAACCCAAAACGAGAUAAGACUUCUAAAAAUAAAGGUUCUAAAAAAUUCUCCUCUAAGUAUAAUAUUGAAUUUAAUCCAAAAGAAGAAAAACAUGUAAGAAUAUCUUUAGUGCCUGAAGAUAAUGACUCCAAAGAAGGUGAACCUACUCUUUUCUUUCCGAAAAAGAGGACAAAUAGGCGUCGGUAUAAGAUUAAAACCACCACACCAGAACCAUAUUCUUUAGAAAUUGGAACGGUCCAAAACAAAUAUCGUAGUCAUCCCACACACACGACAAUCACUACAGAUAUAACAUCAUACGAUACAGAGCCGACAGCGGGAGACACUGUACCUUCUGCCGCUGAUACAACUCUAAGUGAAUCAGUUGUGUCCCAAAACGCUAAUCAAGUGACUGAUGCCCUGCCUUUAUCAACAGACAAGAAAGAAGAAAAACAAGUCGAGGACGUUGAAUAUGAGAAAGGGGGAGGUAAAGAACAUCACGCGUCGCACGAAGUAGAACAUGAGGAACAUGGGAAAAAAGCUUAUGAGGGUGUACACGAAGACACAAAGACGACCAAAGGCCACCACGACAAAGAAGACCACUUGGGCAAGUACGACGACCACGGAGGCGUCGACAAGCACCACCACGACGAGACAGGCCACUACGGCCACCACCACCACGAAGAACAUGGCAAGAAGCACGCCAAGUACGAGGAAUCGGGUAAACAUUCGAAAGGCCACAGCACAAAGGGCAGCCACGAUAUCCACAAAAAGGAAGAGUACGAGAAGAACGUUGAAUUCUUUGAGGAAGAUGGGGAUUCAUUUGAAGACGAGAAACACGGUGGACAUCAUGACGAGAAGAGUCACGCGAAGGGUGGUCACUUUAAGCAAGGAAAGCUCAAGGCCUCACACGAGGGACACGUCAAGGGUGACACGGGGCAUUUCAGCAAAGAAGGAUUUGGCAAUUACCACAAGGGUCAUAAAUCGGCCAACGGACAAGACCAUCACGGUCACAAAGGCAAGCAACACUUCCACCACAAAGGUAAAGAAGCCGGCAAUAAAUGGAUAUACCACCACGGCAAUCCACCCAGGACAGCUAACCUCGUCCCGAUCGACAGGCGGGCCGAUCCUUACCUCGUCAAUCCAAGGUUUUUCGGCUAG